AUGUCCGCUGAGGCCAGAGAGCUCGAGCUUUGUGGCAAAGUGGAGAUGCGCAUAGCACUCGCCCAAGACGACAAACUUGAAGGUCUCCUGAAGACGUACUUGCCGCCUCUGCUGCUGAAGUUGACUUCCUCUUCUGUUGACGUGCGCAACAAGGUACCUAUCCUCGCCAACACCCAUGUCAAGAUUCGGCUUGCCGGCAACCAGGGCAUUGUCCUCCCCGUGGCGACCCUCCUGAAGCAAUACAAGGAGAACGCGGAGUCUGCUAUGAUACGACACUUUGACCUUCUUUUCAUACAGCAGAGUGUGGGAAAACUGUCUUCAAAAGAGCAAAUGGACCUCCUGCCAACCAUAUUGCAUGGACUUGCCAAGGAUGCUGGCAAACAGACCUGUGCAACACUCUUCAAUCUAUUCCUCCGCCUGCUACCACGUCUUCGUAUACCGCUGCGGGGAAGCAAAGAAGACACAGAGCUGAGACAACAGCUCGGGCUCGACGAGCAUGUUGAAGAUGCAAAAUUCGUGGCUUCAUGGUUUGGGAAGCUUGUCCUUUUCACCGUCGUACGCUCUAUAGCAUCUGGGGUAACUUGUCCUGGACUCACUGUCCAAGAAUAUGAAUUCUUGACAUUGAGUGGAAAGCAAGAGACAUGGGACCCAACUACCGAAGAAGGACUAAAUCUAACACAAACCAAAAUCGGAAUCCUUGCAUUCUUGGCUAGCGGCGCUUUUACAGAUGAUGAGCGAUUCUUGCCAGCUUUAUUUGCGUCUGGAGAUACCAACUCUCGAAUUUCCAGCGCAGGGGAUGACAUGCUGAAACGGUCAACUAUCUCAUUGGAAAAUCCCGAGACCAUUGAGAACCUUAUGGAGAUCUACUUCACACUGAAACCGGCUCUUCAAACUAGAUUGCUUGUUCUGCUCAGUAAAUCGGCCAUUUCAACAACAUUUCCUCGGCAAAUUGUGAAGAUCGUGCAACAAGCAAUUCAGCCAGAUGACAACACGAAUCUUCCCGCAAAAGGCCUUGAGACUGUAAAAUUUAGAAAUGCGUUGUUCAAUUACAUGAAUUGGGUAUCACGCGUAGGCUCUGCUAGUGAUCUGGAGCAGGUAGCUCCUCAACUAGUUGGGUUCCUCCGAAGCUAUAUUGAAGAUCAAGGCUGGCCCAUUCCCCAAGAUAAGUCUCAGGAUGCUGCCGCCUUGCGAGCACUCGCCUAUGAGACUCUGGGUUCUUUGGCCAAGACCACCCCUUCCAUUGUUCUCAACGACGAGCUGUCACUUGUUAAGUGGCUUUUCAGAUCCUUGACAGAGGAAGGUUCAUCGGAAACGCUCUUCGUAAGUAUCGAGGGGGCUCUGUCGAGUUUACUAGGUGUCUUUUCUGUGCAGCUGGACUCAAGCUUGAAGUAUGAGUUGCGUUUGCUGCUGCUUAAGUACAUGACUUUGCAAGAAGGCGAGGAUGGUAUUGUGAGAAGCGCUCGAUUCUCCACUGUUCGUUGGGCGAAUCGAUGCCUGGAUUACAACGACGUCGUAGGGCGAUGGAUAGAUAUUCUUGCGCUCGGCGGACGUACAGACGAGCGUAGUGAUGUGGUCGAGGAGGGUAAGAAAGGCCUUGAUCCAUAUUGGUAUCGACUCUUAAAUUCUUCUGCUACUUCUUCGGAUUGUCCCAUCCCUGUUUGGGCUGAGAUGGUCAAGGUAUUUUUUACCUCGCAAAGUCUUCUCGAGAACUCCACUGUCGCAAAUAGCAUGAAAACUGGCAUGGAUGUCGAUUCGGUAUCCGUGUUUGGCAAUUUUUCUGGGUCCAAAAUCAAUGCUUUCCCAGCUGCUGUUAGUUACUGUCGUAGAAUGCUGUUACUAGGGGCAUUGGAGAAGUCUGAAGUACCAUUCAGCAUUGAUGCAGAUUGGGAGCGCCAGCUAGACGUUCUCUUUCGCACUGACAAAGAGUCUCGAAAGGCCAUCAAAGCCUAUAUUAAAUCUGUGGAUGAAGAUGCGCUGUAUAUCUACCUCACAGCCGCCUUCGAAGGUAUGUUGAGGAAUGAUGGGAACGGUUUUGGAGAAUGUGGCAAAUGCUUCGUCGAAAUAGCUUCCAUUUCACCUAGCAACGUUAUCGGUCGUCUUUCUGGGCGAGCUGUUGAACUUUUCAAAGCAAUUCGAUCCAACAAUGUAGCCACAAGAUUUAUUGCAGCACAAGCAUUUGGCAUGCUAGCUCCACAUCCAACAGCUAGCGGCGAGUCUAUCCAGAAGUUGAUAGAAACUCUGCGGGACGAUAUAAAGCCGUGGUCAUCGGCAGUGGGCGCUGAUGCGAACAGAGUACAUGGGUCAAUCCUUUCGCUGGGCCAUAUCCUUAGUCGAGCUUCCUACUAUGGCCGGCUCGAAAGUGUUGACAAAGCCGUUGUUGAGGAGAACAUCUCGACUCUGCUGGUUAUUCUUACAGGUGCUAAAGAUACGUCUACGAAAGAGGCUGUGUUUAACGCAGUCGGACAAAUCAGCGCCUCCGGUGUUCUUACAGCUACAAAAAUAGACGAAUCUUCGACGAAAGCGACUGGCCUUAUUGAUUCAUUGACAGCAGAAGCUAAAAAGGGUAACGAGAAAGCAAUUUCUGCUUUGGGGCGGUUAUCCCUUGUCUUUGAUGAGGAUGAAGAGUCCGGGCCACUGUCGACCAUCCUUACCACACUAUAUGGACUGCAUGAACUGAAACAGGCCGAAAUCCAUUUUACUGUUGGAGAGGCUCUAAGCUGUGCUGCUGCAUGUUGGCAGUCUGACGUUCUUCUCCUCAGCCUAGAUGUUGCUUCCACUUAUGAAGGACGGAUGAAGCGGCGAAACACUUUUGCGACAGUCCUGGACAAGCUAUUAAAAGACUGCAAGACUACAAAGCCGUCACUGAAGAAAGCAUCGGGCAUUUGGCUUUUUUCUCUGAUUCAAAACUCAGGCCAUCUUAGUGAAGUUCAAUCGCGUUUGAGAGAAUGCCAAGCUGCAUUCAUGGGCUUGCUCUCAGCACGAGAUGAACUUGUUCAGGAGACAGCAAGUCGUGGUCUCAGUCUUGUCUAUGAGCAAGGUGACAAGGAGCUCAGAGAGAAGCUAGUCAGUGACCUCGUUGCAUCUUUCACCGGUUCUAGUGCACAACUCAAAGUUGACCAAGAAACUGAGCUAUUCGAGCCGGGUGCAUUACCGACUGGGGAUGGGAACUCUGUCACAUCAUACAAAGAUAUUAUCUCUUUGGCAAACGAGGUUGGUGACCAAAGCUUGGUAUAUAAGUUCAUGUCUCUUGCAGCAAACGCCGCUACAUGGUCUACUCGAUCUGCAUUUGGGAGAUUCGGGCUCAGCAGCAUCCUUUCGGAAUCGGAAAUCGAUCCUAAGUUAUACCCAAAACUCUACCGCUAUCGAUUUGACCCCAAUCCCAAUGUUCAGCGUUCGAUGAAUGACAUCUGGAGUGCCCUCGUUAAGGAUUCUAGUGCUACGAUCAAUACUUAUUUCGACGAAAUCCUGGCGGACCUCUUGACUAGCAUCGUGGGAAAAGAAUGGCGAACACGAGAAGCCAGUUGUGCCGCUAUCGCAGAUCUUAUUCAGGGGAGAGAGUUUGAUAAAUAUGAGAAGCAUCUUCACGAUAUAUGGGCGGUUGCGUUCAAGGUUCUGGACGAUAUCAAGGGAUCUGUCCGUAAGGCCGCUAUGUCUUUAAGCAUGGUGCUGACAGGCAUCCUCGUGCGACAAACCGAGGCUGGGACAUCCUCAAAGCAUGCACAAUCAAUGCUGAAAGAAGUGAUGCCGUUCCUUCUUUCCGACCAAGGAAUGCAGAGCUCUGCGGAAGAAGUGCGAGUAUUCGCUACCGUGACAGUAUUGAAACUUAUCAAAAGUGGUGGUAAAAUCCUGCUGCCUUUUAUACCAAACCUGGUCGAAGAGCUGAUAGGUCUUUUAAGCACGUUGGAAGCCGAAGGGGUUGACUAUGUGUACUUGAGGGCCGCCCACUACAAUCUCACGGAGGAGAAGAUAGAUUCUGCCCGUAGUACCGCGGUCUCUCGAUCACCAAUUUUCGAGAGUAUUGAGCGGUGUCUGGAUGCCCUUGACGAGCCUACCAUGAAGGAACUCGUCCCCCACUUGGGAAAUGCCAUCAGGACCAGUAUUGGAAUGCCGUCGAAGAUUGGUUGCAGCGGUGUUCUGGUUAGUCUAGCAACCAGACAUAGCUUCGUUUUCCGUCCUCAUGCCGACAGCUUCCUCAAGCUGCUGGAGAAGGCAGUUUUGGACCGCAACAAUGCAGUCAGUGCUGGGUAUGCCAGAUCUGCAGGCUACCUGGCACGUCUUGCAUCUGAUGAUUCUCUACUGCGCCUCGUGGCAUUUUCAAAAAAUCUUUACUUUGAUGCCGAAGACGAGACUCGGCGACAGGUUUCUGCAGAUAUCAUCUACGCAGUUUCGAAGUUUGCUACUGAUCGGUUCAAUUCCCUAGCCUCGGAGUUUCUGCCCUUUGUAUUCUUUGCCAAGCACGAUUCCAAUGAACAUACAAAGGAACAAUUUGAAAAGACAUGGUCCGAGAACGUGGGUGGUUCGAGAGCAGUACUGUUGUACACGAAAGAAAUCAACGAUCUGGCUGUUGGGCGACUGGAGUCUACGAAAUGGACUAUAAAGCAUACUGCAGCAUUGACAAUCGCCGACGUGGUUACAUCAUCAGGAUCAGAUAUCAGCUGGUCGAAUGCAGCAGCUAUCUGGCCUGCCUUGGAAAAGGCUCUAGCGCUCAAGACCUUUGAUGGCAAAGAAAACGUCCUCGAAGCAUUUGUCAAAUUUACCAAGGCCGGAAAGCCUCUCUGGGAGCAAGAGCCUAGUAUCGCUGCCCAGAUGAAGAAGAUAGCCAUUCGAGAGGCCAAACGCAACAAUGAAGCCUAUCGGCCUUACGCAAUUACCAGCCUAGGAGAAUAUGCGGAAGCACGUACAGAUAUCGACAUGUUUGAGGAAGUUUAUAAAAUCAUCGCACCAAUGCUUGAGGAAGCGACCAAUAAUGAUAAAAUGGAUACGACGGAUGAUAGCAAGACUGGAGACAAGACUGAAGAAACGCUUGUCACCAAUGGUAUCUCAGCGGUGUUUAGAGCAGUGAACGUCAAGUAUUCUGAUCCAUCUCCUCUAACACACUUACCCGACCUCUUGCAGUUGAGCAAAGCAGUCAUUUCGUCCACGAGAUCAACUGCCGGUACGAGAACUGCCCUGUAUGAACGCAGCAAAGCAUUAUUCGAUGGUCUUCGCCGGAGAACACACUCUCAGGGGUCAAAACAUUAUGAGCUGGCACUGGGGUUCUUCGAACUAUUGGAAGUCGCCGGUGGAUCUGGUCCUGAAACAAUGAGGCUGAAGAGAGGAGAGGCUGCCGAAAUGAUCGUACAGGCCUUCGUAAGCGGUGUAUUUGGUAUGUUUAAAGAGGGUAGAGACACUUGCAAAGAGACGAUGAAGGCGAUGGUUGUUGAGGGGAGGAGAAUUGAGAGAGCCCCUGGAGUCAAAGCUGUUCUUGACAGGGUUCUGAAGGCAUUUGAGGAACAAUAG